AUGGCAAGCGAUGACGAUUCCUUUUCGACGUACGUGGAUAUGCUACGUGCUUUUCACACUCGCCGUUUUGCCGCCGCAAGAGAAUCCAUCGAACAAGAGAACCGGGCGGUUCCUCCUACUCCUCCACUUGAAACUCCCACCGCGAGUCCUCCACCAAGAGAAACCGAUCUUGCUGAUGAGAGGAACCAAUCUUUACUCAACUCACUUCGCUCCGCCGCCUUAACUCAUGAAGAAACGGAGACGUGUUUGCGAUCCCUCACCAACGUCAUGACUAGCAGCGAAGAAGAAGAUGAUGCUCUGUUUCAAGAAGUCAUCUCAAACUUAGACGGAAGCAAACUUCAGAGGAUGGCCUCGUUGCUGACGUCAAACAACGAUCACCACUUCUUGGAGAUCGCAAGAAACAAGAACGGCUCCAUCCGCCUACAUAAACUCCUCGGCCAAUCAGACGACGCCGACACCUUCUUCGUCGCCUCUCUCUUGCGCCACUUCCUCCACGUCAUGACGGAUAGGCACGCGGCCUACCUUGCCACUCAAGGGAUGCGAGUUUUCAGCCACGAGAAGAAAAUGGCAAUGCGCGACCAAAUUCUCCAACACGCGAUUCACCUGGCGCGUGACCAAUACGGCUGCAACGCGCUCAAUGCAAUCAUUAGCGGCGUGGUCUUUGACUACUGCAGAAACGACCUCCAUGAUGUAGUCGCGUUCAACGCUCCUUUGCUAAGCAGCGAUGCUUAUGGGAACCAUGUGGUCCGACACGUGCUUAAGCAGAAUAACUUGCGUCGCACGUAUGACAUUGCGGUUCGCCUCCGUGGCCAUUACAUUGAGCUCUCUUUUACGAGGUAUGGAAGCCGCGUCGUGGAGAAGCUUUUGGAGAGGGAGGAGACGAGGCCUUUGGUGGUGGCAGAGCUUUUGGAGUGCGGAAGAGACAAGUUGGGCAGGCUGGCGACGAGUGUGUACGGUAAUUUCGUGGUGGAAACGUCAUUGAAAGUCACGCCGGAGGAUCUUUUUAGGGCUUUGGUGAAUAAGCUCAAGCCUUUUCUCCCUCAGUUGCGUAGGUCUACUUAUGGCACCAACAUUGCAAAAAUAUUGGAGUCGAUACGUUAG